UUGAUGUCACUGCCGCACCUGCGCAGCCAUCUUGUACUUCGAGCGAGGAGCGUACACAGAAAGAAAUCAAAAGGAUCAAAUAAACCUGUCAAAUCAGAAGACAAUAGGAAUGUCGCUAAACGUUAUAUAGCCCCAUAACGAUUAGACACCCAAGAAGGACAAGGUUAGGUAAACAAGACGGUGAAAUAGACAUUCAAGUGCUUUGGAUAUCGAGACCGACAAGUCAUCUUUUGCUUGUGAGUGAGAGGAGGAAGGGACAGUCAAAUCGCCGAAAGAAAAACACAUCCCGAACGUCAGUCAAAUCAUGAAUCCAGAAUAUGACUACCUGUUCAAGCUCCUCCUUAUUGGUGACUCCGGUGUGGGAAAGUCCUGUCUUCUGCUCCGUUUUGCUGAUGACACCUACACAGAGAGCUACAUCAGCACCAUCGGUGUUGACUUCAAGAUCCGCACCAUCGAGCUGGACGGCAAGACCAUCAAACUACAGAUUUGGGACACUGCUGGUCAGGAGAGGUUCCGCACCAUCACCUCCAGUUACUACAGGGGCGCCCACGGCAUCAUCGUGGUCUAUGAUGUCACAGAUCAGGAGUCGUACAACAAUGUGAAGCAGUGGCUGCAGGAGAUCGACCGCUACGCCAGCGAGAACGUCAACAAGCUGCUGGUGGGGAACAAGUGUGACCUCACCACCAAGAAAGUAGUAGACUACACAACAGCCAAGGAGUUUGCCGACUCCCUGGCCAUCCCCUUCCUGGAAACGAGUGCCAAGAACGCCACCAACGUGGAGCAGGCCUUCAUGACCAUGGCUGCUGAGAUCAAGAAGAGGAUGGGCCCCGGGGCCACGGCUGGAGGGGACAAGCCCAACCUGAAGAUAGACAGCACCCCUGUCAGGCAGUCUGGAGGGGGGUGCUGUUAAACUGGACUCUGUUCUGGAUGCUCUCCUCUUCUUCACCCUCCCUGCUCUGGGCUUCACUUCCUCCACCUCUUAAUCCCUCAGCCUCCCUCCCAUCUCCCGUUCUCUUACUCUUGCCGCGGGAUGGGUGGUUGGAUCGGGAGAGGUUGAGAGGAGGGGUGAGAACUGGGGACUGACUUUAAGACCGUAUCUCCCCCCCAAAAAAGUAAAGAGAAAAGUUAGGUGGGGGUUAGGUUGAGAACUUUUUUUUUCUUUUUUUCCGAGCGAUGAGUCAGGAACGUAAACAGAUAUGAGAAAAGAUUGGUAUUGACUUAGAGGAGAACUGGGUGAUAGAAGAUUAGGUUUUAGAUUCCGGCGAGCGCUUAUCUCUCUCCCUCUCCUGUGUACACACACACACACACACACACACACACACACACACACACACACACACACACACACACACACACACACACACACACACACACACACAGAGACAGAACAGGGGGCGGAGUGAUUCUCCCAUAGGAAGUCGUCACAGGUGAGGUUUUCUUUCCUUUAGGCUAUGUCUGUCAAUAGCAAAAUUCAGUUUAGAGUGCUACAAUAAUCUGUCAUUUAUGUAUUGGACCUGUUUUUAUCUCAGACUGCUGGGGUGCCUUGUAGUCAUGGCGACAUGUCACCAUCUUAAGUCUGUUUAUAGGUAUCAAGUGAGUGACGUGUUCAAUCUAGCCUACGGUCUACGUUCUACAUGCAAUAGUAACACUAAUGCACUAUUUAUACCCAUGUAUCCAUCCAUCCAUUGUAGGACCUGAAUUGGCGUUGGGGCAGACUGCAGACAGUCAUGCACCACUACCAGCGUACUAACUACUGAGAGGAUACGGGUAUCUAGGAUACGGGUAUCAUAGAAAUAGAAUGAGUAGACUGGACUCUGAAGGAAGGCCUCAGCAGAGAGCGGAGAGACGUACACUUUGUCUGUGUGGAGAAGAGGGUGCUGGGAUGGAUAGCUCUGACUCCUCGUAGAGCCUGAGCUUUAGGUUGAUUCGACACAGAACAGGAUAACUUUUGGUUGAACUUGGAAUCACUCCUUCCCUUCAUCCCUCUACAUGCAGACGGGAGGAUGUAGUGAGAGAGACUCUUGGUUUUUGAGUGUUUUAAAUAUACUGUAUGGUGUUAGUUAGCUCACAUCACUCCUCUUGUUAGGAUUUCACAUGUAAAGACAAAACAAAAAAAAUGACACAAAUAUUUGAGAUAUGCUUAAGUCAUGUUUGUAUGUCUUUAAGUUGUCAGGACUCUAUAUUACAGUAUGCCCAAGGUGGUUCUUCAACAUAAACAGACAGUGUACACACACACACACACACACACACACACACACACACACACACACACACACUGAGGACGGGGCAUGACGUAGUACUAGAUUAGUGGAGGGAGUAUGUAGGUGCUUGGGCAAGUGAUAUUCAACUAAUUAACAGGACAUAUGAAACAAGAAAUUGGCAAUAUUCUGUCUUCAUAUUCAUAGAUUAUUGUUCAUCUUAUUUUAUUGUUAUUACAAUGAUUUUAUUAUUUGAUA